AUGCCACCUAAACGAAAGAGAUCCUCAGUGGCGACCACGCCCAAUGUCGAUGGUACUUCGACUCAAAUCCUCCCUCCGAGUCAAUCUACUACAACCAAGCCGCCACCUGCCAAACCGUCGCGGCAAUCGUCUCGCAGAGACAAAUCUGAUACGAACCCCGAGCACAAUGCAGAUAUUAUAGAUAGCAAGAUAGCACUUCGCGCAAGCCCAGAUGCUGAUGACUCCGAGGAAUCUUUUGACUUGAAGAAAAUUAAGGUAGAAUCAACACCAGCAAAGGAGAAUGGUGUGAGGAACCCUGUCAAGAAUGAGGAUAGUGAUUCGCCACUUUCAGAUAUUGGUGAUGACCUUCCAGCGCCCACACCUGCUAAGAAACAGAAGAAAGCACCGACGAAGAGCUCAAUUGCUGCGAAGAAAGGGUCGGAUGAAAUAAAAGCUUUUGUAGCGGAACAAGCAGCUAAAAAGGCUACGGUGAAGAAAAUAAAAAAGGAAGAUGACGGGGAUGAAUGGAAUAAAAGGGAUGGCCUCGACGGAGAUGAGGAAGGGCAGAUGGAGGAUGCUGAUGAUAUAAAACUGGAAGCGAGGAGACCACCUCCUGUCAACAGUGACUAUUUACCUCUACCAUGGAAGGGGAGAUUAGGAUAUGCAUGUCUGAAUACUUACCUUAGAUCAUCAAACCCUCCUGUCUUUACGUCUCGGACCUGCCGUAUAGCUUCCAUUAUCGAACAUCGCCAUCCAUUGAAAGAUCCUUCACAGCCUGAGCAUGCAACCAAGAAUCGACCAGAUAAAUCGAAGCCAGCUUCUAUCGUGCGAGGACAGCGAUACGUCGAAGAAUUGUGCCUGGCAAAUGUCCGAGACUUACCAAAAAUGUUUCGAUGGAAUGAGAAAUAUGGGAUUAAAUUCAUGAGAUUGAGCUCGGAAAUGUUUCCGUUCGCUAGUCAUGCUGAGCAUGGCUACAAGCUUGCCCCUUUUGCUAGCGAAGCUCUUGCGGAAGCUGGGAAAGUUGUAGCUGAGUUGGGACAUCGAGUCAGCACACAUCCUGGACAAUUCACGCAAUUGGGUUCUCCACGUCCAGAGGUCAUUGCAAAUGCGGUUCGAGACCUUGAAUAUCAUGAUGAAAUGCUCGGACUACUUAAACUACCAGCUCAAAUCGACAGGGAUGCAGUUAUGAUCUUACACAUGGGAGGUACAUUCGGCGAUAAAACUGCCACACUCGAUCGCUUCCGUGAAAAUUAUGCUAAACUUUCACCUUCCAUCAAACAACGGCUCGUCCUAGAAAACGAUGAUGUAUCAUGGACUGUUCAUGAUCUCCUUCCAAUCUGUGAAGAGCUUAAUAUUCCUCUUUGCCUCGAUUUUCACCACCACAACAUCAUGUUCGAUUCUAGUCAAGUUCGUGAAGGCACUAGGGAUAUCAUGGAUCUCUUUCCUAGAAUUAAAGCUGGAUGGACGAAAAAGGGUAUGACGCAGAAAAUGCAUUAUAGCGAACAGACUCCCCAGGCCAUAACUGGUCGUCAGAGACGAAAGCAUAAUCCUAGACCAGCAACCCUUCCGCCCUGUGCAAAUGAUAUGGAUUUAAUGAUUGAAGCGAAGGAUAAAGAGCAGGCGGUAUUUGAACUAAUGAGGACAUUCAAAUUACCGGGAUAUGAAAGAUUUAAUGAUAUUGUACCAUAUGAGAGAGACGAUGAUAAUCGCGUUCUACCAAAGAAGCCCAAGAAGAAAAAGACUAAGAAGCAAAUCAAUGAAGAGAUUGAAGAAUUUGGUCACGAGGUUGAAGAGGAGGAGGAACCAGUUAAGGAUAUAAUACCAGAGGAAGAAGUUGGCAUGGGAGGAAAGGAUAACCGUGUAUAUUGGCCAGUAGGUAUGGAAGAAUGGUUGACACCAAAGAAGCGAGAAAUCAAGAAGAAAGGCUCUGAAGGGGAUGAAGAAGAGGAGAUGUUCAAGCACCCUACACCUGCAAAUUUUGAGGCCAGGAAAAAAAUUACUGAAAGAAAGAAGAUGCCUUUUGAUGAAGGGAUCAAGGAGAAAUUGGCGAGCGCAGAGUGUUUAAAUGAUGUGAUGGAGGUAGUAGAAUUAGUGAAGAGUUCACAAGCUAAGGUAGACGAGAAGGCGGAAGUUAAUGGGUUUGCAGAGGGACCUGGUGGCUCUUCUAAGAAGAGUACGCCUGCCAAGAAGAAGGCAGCACCCAUGCCAGCAAAGAAGAAGAAUGCGAGAAAGGUUCAAACGCCUAGUGCGAGCGUUUCGAACGAAGAUGAAGAUGAGGACGAUGAUUUGAGUAUGCCUGAUUUAUCGGCCGAUGAUGAACUGAAAAAACCGGCUUUGAAAGCUAAACCGGCAAGACAGAGUGGUAGAGCUGCGGCUAAGAAGAAGAGUUACGUGGAAGUGGAUGGGGAUGAGGAUGAGGAUGGAGAUGAGUAG